AUGCCUUCCCUUAAAGAAAUCAGGGCUGCCAACGCCUUGAUCAACGAUGCCACGGCCCCUCGCGUCUCUGUCUGGGUGGGCGGCACCUCAGGCGUCGGGAAGCUCACCAUCAAAGCUCUUGUUGAAACGGGCGCCAGUGUGAAGAUCUACAUUGUCGGUCGCAAGAGUUCCGAAGAGCGAACCAAGACCUUCACCCAGGAGCUGAACGCCAUUAAUCCCAAGGCUGAGUUCAUCUGGGUUGAGGGUGAAGUCUCGCUGCUCGCCGAAAGCAAGCGAGUAUGCGAGAUCAUCAAGGAGAAGGAAUCGUCCAUUGACCUCCUGUUCCUCUCCACUGGCUAUGCUCCAUUAGGAACGCGCGAGGAGACUUCCGAAGGCCUAGAGAUUUGCCAAAGCCUGGAAUAUUACACACGCAUUCUCUUUAUUCUUCACCUGCUGCCCUUGCUCCAAAAAUCGGAGAGCCCCAGGGUCAUUUCCGUCCUGGGCGGCGGAUUAGAGAGGUUUUCUGUCAAUACAGAUGACAUAGAUCUCAAGAAGCCAGGCAGUUUCAGCUCGGCGAGAGGCCAAGUACAGUACGGCCAUCUGAAUUCUGUUGGUCUCGACUGGCUAGCCAACGAGUACCCCGAUGUGACAUUCAUGCACACCUGGCCUGGAUGGGUCGACACGGGAAAUGUGCGAAGAGGAAACGUUGAUCCGAAUUCGUGGACGGGUUGGCUCAUCUGGCUCGUCUUGGAGCCUCUCAUCAGGACCUUCUCGAUGAGAGACGAGGAUUCUGCCCAGCGGAACCUUUUCCAGUGCACGAGCGCUGCCUUUGGUGGCCGUGGUGUGCCCUGGAAAGGGAAGCCUGGUCUGAGCACGUUGCAGAAACCGGAUGGCGGGUUGUUUUUGGUUAACUACAAGGGUGAUUGCACGCCAAAUACAAAAAACAUAGCUAGGCUCCGAGAGAAUGCCCAGUCAAAGGUUUGGGCCCAUACCCAGAACAUCCUCGAACCGUAUCUAUGA